GUUGCCCCUAGACGCUGGUCUUGGGUCAGCUUUGCAUUUCCCCUGCUAAUGGUUAAGGUUGGGAUUGAGGAAGGGGAAGCUUAUCAUGGAUCUUUACCUAGGGGAAAUGCCACCCCAAAGUCGGUGUCCAUCGAGCCAUGAAAUCAACAUCAACAGAACAGUAGGAUGUUUCGUCAGCACUUUUCUGUGAACAAUGGCUGGAAAAACAUGGGUGGGCUUAGGUCUCGCUCUUUAACCCACUCCUGUUCACUUCGGAGGAGAACAGCGUAUUGACACUCUUGGCUGCUACUCACUGGUCCUUGAGUUUAAUUUGGCUCCGGGGCUCUCCAGUGUCCUCUCUCCACCAUGAUCUUCCUACUGCUUUUCCCUGUCCUCGUCUUAGGUGAAAUUCAAUUACAAAGCAAUGUCUCAUCCAAUGUAACAUUUGAAGAUAACGAAAGUUUUCAGGAUCAGGAGUAUUUCCAUGUUUUUCGCCACUGCAAUGAGAGCCUCCUAGAACACGUCAGCUACAUCAUGUGCUGGAAUCAGUUUCACUCUGAAAUGAACGACAUUAACAAGGAACUCUGGUGUGAAUGGGACCAAGUCAUCAGACCAUACAAUGAGCUGACCAAAUGUAUCGAGAGCUGGACCACCUACUUAGGAUGUUACUUCCCGAACCAAGUGGUGCAAGACUUCUUCAUCCAGAUCCAUUCCAGCUUCUUCCAGGCAUGUCCGGAGGAGGAGCAGUUAUUUCCUGACGCCCCUUCCGGUGUUGUGCUUACCCUUACCCUCAUUCCAGUCAGUCUCAUCCCCGUCUUGGUUUUCCUAGUGGUCUGGAAGAGCAAGAUCUGCGACUAAGUUGGAAAUGUUGAAUAUGUGCUGUUUGAAUGUGUCUUAGGUCCCUUCCUGAAACAACCCCUAUCUAAAAUGUCCUCUUAAGUAUUUUCUUAUAAUGUGUUUAUUUUUAAAAUAUGAUUAUUGUAUGUAUAUUAA